AUGACAGCACUAACGACGACGCCGUCUGGGACACCAGAGCAGACAGAGCGGGAAGGGCCGACAGAGCCGACAGAGGCAUCCGCCCCAGCAUCGCCUCUGGAAGAGCCUGCAACCAGAGAGGACUCGGUCGAUGAGGACAACUCGCCGGGAGCCUCUGUGGACAAUGAUCCACCGGUCGGAUCCGACGCUGAGCCGGUCGAGCACCACAUCCUUGCCGAUGACGAGUCGACCGACGAAGGCUUAGCGUCCGAAGCAGCCUCGGCCGGCUCGACGUCUCUGGCGUCGAGCGUGCGCGACUACCAUUUUGAGAACAGCCGGCGGUACCACAAGUUCCAGCAGGGACUGUACCAGUUUCCCAACGACGAGCCGGAACAGGAGCGUGAGGACAUGAAGCACACCGUGGCCAUCCACCUGCUGGGCGGAAAGCUGCACACGGCGCCGCUCGAGAACCCGCAGCGGAUCCUCGACAUUGGCACCGGCACCGGCAUCUGGGCUAUAGACAUGGGCGACGAAUACCCCGAGGCCGAGGUGACUGGCAUCGACCUGAGCCCGAUCCAGCCGCAGUAUGUGCCGCCCAACGUGCGGUUUUACGUCGAGAACGCGGAGGAGCCGUGGGUCUACGACAAUGACACGCUCGACUUUAUUCAUCUGCGCAAUAUGUCGACCGCCAUUAAGGAUUGGCCAGGUCUGUUUCAGCGGGCGUUCCAGGCCCUCAAACCCGGCGCUUGGAUCGAGCUGCCCGAGUUCCGCUGGGAGUACGGCUGCGACGACGGCACGAUGCCCUCCGACUUCACGCCGCCCCAAAUGGUGGCCAACAUCCGCGAUGGCCUGGCCAAGUUUGGCGUCGACAUGCACGCCACGCGCACAAACCCAGACCGUCUGCGCGCCGCCGGCUUCGUCAACGUGAGCCACGACGUCAAGAAGGUGCCGGUCGGCCCCUGGGCCAAGGACCCGAACCUCAAGACCAUCGGCCUGUACAACCGCAGCGUCAUCUACGACGGCCUGCAAGCCAUCACCGUCGGGCCCUUUACUCGCGGCCUCGGGUGGAAGCCGGAGGAGGUCGAGGUCUUUCUGAUCCAGGUGCGGCGCGACCUGAAGAACCCGUCUGUCCACUCGUACGUCUACUUCCACUCGCUGCGCGCCCAAAAGCCUGUGUCGAGCUGA